GUGGCGGGACGGGUGGCGCAUGGCUCGUCUAUUGCUGGGGUUCCCAGAGGGGAGGACCGUGUCCCGCUCAACCUAGCCCGCGGCGAUACGGUGGGAUCGUUUGUGGUCGAGUCGGUGACGCCGGUGCCUGCGCUGGCUCUCGACGCCAUCGAGCUGCGGCAUCCGAGCGGGGCGAGCUAUGUGCAUCUCGACACGGCGGAUACGCACAACACGUUUGCCAUCGGCCUGCGGACGCCGCCAGAGUCAGACAAUGGCGUCUUUCACAUCCUCGAGCACAUGGUGCUCUGCUCGUCGGCCAAGUACGCCGCCCGCGAUGUGUUCUUCAACCUCUCGCAGCGGACCCUGGCUACCUUUCUCAACGCCAUGACCGCUGCCGACUCGACCAUCUACCCCUUCUCCACUGUCCACGCCCAGGACUUUGCCAACAUCCUCGACGUCUACUGCGAUGCCGUCUUCUUCCCCAACCUCACCAAGCACGACUUUGAUCGCGAAGGCUGGCGCCUCGAGCUCGACGAGGCCUCGCCCGGCGGAGUUCGCUAUCACGGCAUUGUCUUUAACGAGAUGAAGGGCGUGGUGACGGACCCUGCCGCUUGGUUCUACUACCAGCUCAAGGCGCUCCGUGCCGGCGCUCCGCUCGACCGGGCCAGCCUCACCGUGCCGCGCGGCGGCGCCGCCUCGCCGUACGCUUACAACUCGGGCGGCGACCCGCUUGCCAUCCCGUCGCUGACCCACGACGAGCUCCGCGCCGCCCACGCCAAGUACUACUCGCCGGCGAACGCGCUGUUCUUCUCGUACGGCGACCUCCCGCUCGCCCACCACAUCGAGUACCUCGAGGACAACGUGCUCUCGCGAGUCCCGCCAUCGCCUGCCGGCUCCAUUGUCCUCCCGCCACUCCCGCGGACACCCGCUGCCGAGCGCGCCGUCAUUGCCGGGCCCUUUGACUCGCUCUCGGCGCCCGACGCACAGGUAUACCACGGCUCCGAGUGGCUGGCUCAUGACCUCGGCUCGGCCUCGCCGGCGGCCAACCUCAACUUGCAGCUCCUCUCGUCGCUCCUGCUCAACGGCGCAGCGUCGCCGGUCUACAAGGCCGUCAUCGAAACCGGGCUUGCCGCCGACUACUCUCAGCGGACCGGGCAGAAUACCGAGAUGGCGACGGCCUCGUUGGGCAUCACCUUCCAGGGCAUCUCGUCCAAGGCCGGGGCGACGGACCGCAUCGACGAUGCCGUCGCCGCCGCCCUAGACUCGGUCCGCGCCGAUGGCUUUGACCCGGCCCGCAUCGACGCCCUCCUCCACCAGAUCGAGAUCUCGCUCAAGGCCCGUCCUGACAACUACGGCCUCGCGCUCUCGUCGUCGCUCCUUCACUCGACCUCGCUCGGCGCCUCGCUCCCGGACCUUGUCCGCAUCGAGGAGACCCUCGACGAGUUCAAGGCCGACCCACAGGGCGCGCUGGCGGCCACGCUUGACGCGCUCCUCGCCUCCCCGCCGGUCACCCUUACCAUGGAGCCCGAGCCCGAGUUCCUCGCCUCCCGCGACGCCGCCGAGGCCGCCGCCCUCGAGGUUGCCGGCGCGGAACUCUCCGCGGGCGCAAAGGCCGAGCUCGAGGCGGUGACCAAGACCUUCUACGCCCGUGAGUCCGAGGACGUCUCAGCGCUCGCCGACACGCUCCCGGCCAUCUCCAUCGACGAGUGCUCCGAGGAGCUGACGCGGCGGAACGAGACCGUGAUCGCCGCGCCGUCGGGCAUCUACACCCACGACGCACCGACCAACGGCCUGGUGUACGUCCGGGCGCUGACGCGGGUGCCUGACGAGCUCGCACCCGAGUCGGCUGCGCUCCUCCCGCUCUACGCCUCGCUCCUGCCCUCGCUCGGCACCGACGGCGGGCGCGGCAAGGUCCCGUACGCCACCAUCGACCAGGAGCUCCAGAUGAAGGCCGGCUCGCUCUCGGCCGGCAUCUCGCUCGCCGACGCGCUCGAUUCGUCGGCCCACUUUACCGAGCGGGUCAGCGUGUCGGGCUCGUUCCUUGAGGCCAAGAGCGCCGACGCGCUCAACCUCUUUGCCGAGAUCCUCACUGCGCCCGACUGGACCGACACGGAGCGGAUCGGGACGCUGGUGGCGUCGAUUGCCGGCGAGCUCUCGUCGUCGAUCCAGUUCUCGGGCCACUCGUUUGCGGCGCUCAACGCGCGCUCGCGGCUCAACCGGGUCAACGCGCGCUCGGAGCUCUUUGACGGCCUCUCGCAGCUCAACGUCCUCGUUCCGCUCGCCAACGAGCUCGCCGCCGUCGACUCGCCGGCCGAAUCACCGCUCCUCGCCUCGGUCAUGGACGCGCUCGGCGGCCUGCACGCCCGCAUGAUCGCCGGCGCCUGGGGCCAGGGCUCGGCGUUCUCGGUCGUCGCCCCGACUGCCGCCGACUACGUGGCGCCGGUGGAGGACUUUGCCGGCGCGCUUGGUGCGCCCAUCACGUCGUCGCCGCUCCCGGCGUCCGCGCCGUCGCACCCGGCCGGUCUCCCUUCACCCGACGCCUUUGCCCCCGCCCUCCGCUCCGAGUACGUCGUCCUCCCGUAUCAGGUCCACUACGUGGCGUCAGCCAUCCCCACCGUUCCUGCCCUUCAUCCCGACGCCACGCCGCUUUCGCUCCUUGGCUCGAUCCUCUCGUCCGAGUACCUCCUCCCGGUUGUGCGGCAGAAGGGCGGUGCGUAUGGCGCGGGCGCCUCGCAGUCCUCGGGCGCCUUCACCUUCUUCUCCUAUCGCGAUCCGCAGUCGACGGCCACCCUCGACGCCUUUGCCGGCUCGGAGGCCUUCUGCAACUCGCUCUCCGACGCCGAGCUCGGUGCCAUGCUUGCCAGGGCCAAGCUCCGCGGCGUCGCCCGCCUCGACGCCCCGCUCGCGCCCUCACAGUUUGGCGCCGCCUACUUUAACGCCGGCGUCGAGGACGACGUCCGUCAGCAGCUCCGCUCGGCUCUCUUUGCCGCCUCAGUCGACGAUCUCCGCCGCGUCGCUGCCGAGCACCUCUCGGCCUCUGCCCCGCGCUCGUCGACCAUCAUCGGUCCUGGUGGCGCCUCGGUGCCUGCCGGCGAUGACUGGGUUGUUGUUGAUCCUGCUGCCAAUGCCCGUGGCUAA